ACGGUCGUUGGCGUGAGAUGAUAAAUAUAGUUAAUCCUAAUUAACGUAAUCGAGUUUUCGAUUUUUACGCACCUACAACCCGCGUAAUAAGUCCUUUGGAUAUCAUUUUUCCGGUCGUUUUAACUCCAGUUUUGACGGAUUAAAAAAUUACGGGGACUUGAUAGAAGAAAAUCCGAAUAAAGUAAACAAAAUAAAAAUAAAAUAAAGUGUGCGAAACCUUCAUAAUUAAUUUAAAAAUAUAAAAAGGACUCGUAUUGUGUUCAUCAGCUGGGUAGCGCCAAUAAAACGCAUGCUCCUCCCCACUACGAGGUGCAAGUGGGGGUAAACAGCUGAGAAUCGGAUACAGACUGAAAACAUCAAGUUCAGGUUGUCAGUUGCGUUGUGGUCGUGAUAAGCGUAGGUUACAAAUAUGCUAAGUUUAGUCGAGUGUGGAUGCACUUGAGAACUUAGACAGAUUUUAUGCAAACAGUUCAGAAUUGAUUGACUGUUCCGCCCUUAAGUGUAAAGUGAAUGUGUACUUAGUUUCUCAUUUUUUUGGAUAUGGUGCCCCAACAAAACAUGGAUUCAUCCAGGUCAGAAACACCGAUUAGUGCUGCUAUACCCAAAUUCGGCUCGCAACUAAUUGACAAAAAUUCAGCGACACCCUACUCUGAUGCCACUCAGACGAAGAAAAACAACCCCAAUCACAUCAAGAGACCAAUGAAUGCAUUUAUGGUUUGGUCACAAAUUGAGCGCAGAAAGAUCUGCGAGGUUCAACCUGACAUGCACAAUGCCGAAAUCUCCAAAAAGCUCGGUCGCCGUUGGAAGGAAUUAAAAGACGAUGAGCGUCAACCGUUUAUCGAGGAAGCAGAGAGGCUUCGACAACUUCACCAACGCGAAUAUCCAGAUUACAAAUACCGUCCUAGGAAAAAGACGUCUAAACCCGCACCCAAAACAUCCUCUGCGAGUAAAAAAACGUCUAAAAAAUCCUCAAAGCUUCACAAGAACGAUAACAAUAACAAUAGUAGCAACAACAAUUCCCUUGUUAAGGAACGACUGUACGCUAGGCGUACAGCAUUACCAGAAUCGACGGCUUCAAAGUUGAAGGAACGAUUAGAUUUAUCGCCGAGUAUGACGCCGCUACCACUGCCACCUGUAAGCAUUUUGGCAAAGGUGCCAUCUAGUCCUUCUUGCGAUAUCCCAGAUUCUCCAGAGAGCGCGACGAUUUACGACGACUCUUUGGCGCCUUUACAUCACGAGGCCGAAGACAGGCUCACGCACGGUUCCACUGCCACCCUCGACGAUCUGGACAGGAUCGACGAUUUUAAUUUGUUGCAACCGAUGGAAAUCGAUCUCCAAGAAUUAGCAGACAUCGAGAUAAUGGACAGCGGGUCGAACGGGUCCGGUUCCCACCUGGACUUCGACUGCCCCAGAGACAUCCCCAUUUUCUCGAGUCUGGGCGGCUCGCCGUGGAGCGACGGGAUGUUUGACUGUUGAAAGAAGAGACUCUAAGACUGUGGUAACUGAAAUUCGUGUGUUGGCACAAUCAUUGUUAUCAUCUGAAGAUGCAGACACACGCGCAUCGAUCGAACAUUCGAUGCAGUCCAGUCGAAGCGGUCGCAAGUGUUGCUCCACCAGCUCAAUUUGUCGGACCGACCGUGUCGACAAUAUUUUAUAUUAUUAUUGUUAUUUAACCCCGAUAAAUGAUCUCAUCUUGUGUUUAUUAUUUUUUGUAUUUAUCGUAGUAGCGCGUCGCCGUUUCGUUCAUGUUAGGUUCAUCAUCAUACGUAUUCCCGGAUUCAACCAGUUGUUAGUGCCUAGCUCAGUAUAAUAUGUCGGACAUUACCCGGGUCGCCCGUCAUUAGUUUCGAUACAUGUAAAAUCCUGUUGGUCGCCAUUUUGUACAUUGUUGGCGACGACGGGACACAAAAUCAGGCUGUGAUUCAUCAAUUUGAUGACCAAUAUUUAGUUGUCAAAAGUCAGUGUAGUUUUUACAAUUUCUGCCUCCAGCUUUACGAUUAGUUCGGGCGCAUUUAGCGACGACGGCAAACAGCUGAUUGUUUCGUUACUGCCAACCGCGAACGCAAUGUUUCUGUCUUUUUUUACUCACCAUGUAUUUUAUUAUGUCAUCGUUAUUCUCACAAAGACGUCUUGUUCGCGGACAGGGCGACUUUGCUUUCAUUAAAAAAUGUAUUCUUUUAAUUCGUUCGUCCAGAAUUGUACUUAAUGGUCCUAAAAUCUUGUACAGCUGUAAGGUUAAGUGAGCACUGUGGGUUUGUUAGUGGUAGGAAUUGAUAUUAACAGUAAGAUAUCCAAAUAGGCUAUAGGUUUGUUUGUGCUACUGCUGUCAACGACUCGGGCAUUCGAUUUUACUUUACUGUCCAUCCAAAUUUAAUGUACUUUUUUUUCCUACAAAAUUUAAUUAAGAUUUGCAGAUGUCAUUGCAAAAGCUGCAUAUUUUACAUAUACGCUUACAAAAUUUUUGUUCAAUGUAAUCAAAGUCAAUGCACAAACUUUGUAAUGAAUUAAACGUAGCGUAUAAACAUUUUUUCAAAUUUACAAAAAUAGAUUAGCGAGCGACAUCGAUAUUCUUCUAUAAUAUGAUAUUGAGGCACGACCAACGCUCUACGUGUGCUUUCAAUGUAUAGAAUAAACUUUACGAUAACAUUUAAAGUUAGAUCGGACUGUCCGUAUAAUAAGAGUUUUCGAAUUUUAAAAUUUUAUGAGGCCUGGUACAGUAUGAAAAUGUAGAGUAUAACAUAUUCGGUGUAUUUUUGUACCCAAUGUUUGUUCACGCGGUGCAAGCGCAGAGUUGGCGGGGACACGUCGGUGACUGACUUAGAUUGUAGGUUUUUAUGUUGAGCUGUACUGGUUAUGAGCUACGAGUUGAUAAUAAUAAACUUAUUUUUGUUUUUCAUUAAUUACCGUUCUUUGGUUCGACUGUCUUUUGAGAAACGGCUCUGCUCUUGUAUUUCGCGACCUGUAUAUAUGACAUGUAUAGAUUUGCUCAUGUAAAAAAUUGUUUUUGUUGAAUCGUACUGUUUAUGCAAUCAUUUUAAAUCAUUGCAAUAACUACCGCUACAAGUCUUGGACGACAUCCUGCUGUGAACGUCACUAAUUCGGACUAUCUCAUAAAAUGCUGUCAGUCACAGUGUGAGGUCGAACUAGGCAAUAUUGUAAAAAGUUAUUUUGUGCGGCAUUGUUGACCCUUUUUGUUCUGGUAAACGAUUGAGAGAUUACAAAUUUAGCAAUAUUUUUGCAUAUUACUACCUUGAUGUAUCAUAAAGAUCCCUGCAUUUUUCUAGACCCAUGUAUUAUAUUCAUAUUACUAUAUUGAAGUUAUUAUAUAGUGUGUAAAUUUUGUAUUGUAGUUGCUGUUAAAUAUAUUAAUUAUAUGGCCAAUAAAAGAUUUUUUCAACUUAA